UCACCGGCGUCGCUCUAUUUAAAGAGGCAUCAACAUGGCACACGGUCUGGUCAGACGGGAGUCAGUGGAAACGGAGAUGCAGAAGUCCGAAGACAAAAGGAAAACCUUCGUGUACACUAAGAAGAGGGGCUAUGAUGUUACCCGAAACCCUCACCUCAACAAGGGCAUGGCGUUCUCCCUGGAGGAGCGUCUGCAGCUGGGGAUCCAUGGCCUGCUGCCUCCCUGCUUCAUCAGCCAGGACGUCCAGCUGCUGCGAGUGCUCAAAAACUACGACAUGAAGAGAGACGACUUGGACAGAUAUGUGUUCCUGAUGGGGCUCCAGGAUCGCAGCGAGAAGCUUUUCUAUCGGGUGCUAUUGUCAGACAUCGAAAGGUUCAUGCCCAUCAUUUACACCCCCACUGUAGGCCUGGCCUGCCAGCAAUACGGCCUGAUAUUUAGAAGACCGAGGGGGCUGUUCAUCACCAUUCAUGACCAUGGCCACAUUGCUUCACUGCUGCAGAACUGGCCGGAGAAAGACGUCAAGGCGGUGUGUGUGACAGAUGGAGAGAGGAUCCUGGGACUGGGAGACCUGGGCUGCUAUGGCAUGGGCAUCCCAGUGGGCAAGCUGGCCCUCUACACAGCCUGUGGAGGUAUGCCACCACAGCAGUGUCUGCCUGUCAUGCUGGACGUGGGCACAGACAAUGAGGCCCUGCUGAAGGACCCUCUCUACAUCGGGUUGAGGCAUAAGAGAGUCCGAGGCCAGGCCUAUGAUGACCUGCUGGAUGAAUUCAUGAAGGCUGUGUCAGACAGGUUUGGGAUUGACUGUCUGAUUCAGUUUGAGGACUUUGCAAAUGUUAAUGCUUUCCGUCUGCUGAGCAAGUACCGCAACAAGUACUGCACUUUCAACGAUGACAUCCAAGGUACUGCUGCUGUGGCAGUAGCUGGACUCCUGGCCGCCCUCCGCAUCACCAAGAGCAAAAUGUGUGACCACACCUUUGUGUUCCAAGGUGCAGGGGAGGCAGCGAUGGGGAUUGCUGAGCUGAUCACCAUGGCCAUGGAGAAGGAGGGACUCGCUAAGGAAGAGUGCUUGAAAAAGAUCUGGAUGGUUGAUUCCAAGGGUCUCAUUGUCAAGGGUCGGGAUCACCUGACUCAUGAGAAGGAGAGGUUUGCUCAUGAGCACCCACAUGUGAAGAGACUGGAGGAUGUCGUUCAGGAACUGAAACCCACAGCUAUCAUUGGUGUGGCAGCUGUUGCCGGAGCAUUCUCCGAACAGGUCAUCAGGGACAUGGCUUCUUUCAAUGAACGCCCCGUCAUCUUCGCCCUCAGCAACCCGACCAGCAAAGCCGAAUGCACUGCUGAGCAGUGUUACAUGUUUACAGAGGGGCGCGGCAUCUUUGCCAGUGGCAGUCCAUUUGACCCCGUCACCAUGCCUGAUGGGAGGACAUUCUACCCCGGUCAGGGAAACAACGCCUACAUCUUCCCUGGCGUGGGCCUGGGCGUCUCGGCUUGCGCUGUCCGACAUAUUAGUGAAGAAAUCUUCCUUAUUGCAGCAGAGGCUCUCGCUAACCUGGUGACGGAGGAGGACCUGGCACAGGGAAGAUUGUAUCCUCCUCUCAACUCUAUCAGGGACGUGUCUCUCAAACUGGCUAUCAAGAUCAUGGAGUACGCCUACGAGCACAACAUGGCCACACUUCGCCCAGAGCCGUCUGACAAAGAUGCGUUCUUACACUCGCUCACCUACAGCACUGACUAUGAAGAGUUUGUUGUGGACUCGUACCGUUGGCCAGAGGGAACUAUGACUGUGCAGUCAUGCAAACUUUAAAGCACUGGACCGAGACAGGAUGAGCCCUGGUGGGGCAAGGUAACUACUGACGUACAAUAUCAUCAGGAGAGGUGGUAUGGGGAUAUGAAAGAGACUGUGUGUAGAAUCUUUCUCGUUAAUAUAUUACUGUGAAAUUAAUGGUGACAAAACAUUUUGCUGGAAGCACCCGAGCCAACACUGUUAGCGGUGAUGUCUCAUACUCCUGGGUGGGUCUGCUUUAAGAGUUAUGGGGCUUUAUUUCUUUCCCUCUAAGAAUCGCAUGCUAGUUUACACAGGUUUAUGAGAUAGUUAUUAAUAUAUAAAGAACAGAUGAGAGGGAAGCUAAUGAAAUGUGAGACAGCAGUUUAUAAAAUGUAUAAAAUAUUGCACUGAUGGUUGUUAUCUCAUUACAUUUUACAAUAAUAUAUUUAGGGAAAAUCUUUCACAGGUUACUUCUAAUUGUACUGUACUAGGAGGCUGCUUCAUGACUGUGUCAGCUAUAAUCCAAAAACUCUUUGUCAAAUAAAAAUGGUUUCGAUUAAA